CACCGUUCUCGAUUGCCCACCGUUCUCGAUUGCCCACCGUUGCCAAUUAGACUGUCGAUCUGAUGGAGAUCGAUUCUCCAACUAUGCAACAAGAAGCACCUCCCGCCCCUACUGCACCCGUUCGACAAGCUAUUACUCAAGUCCCUGGUCAACAAGCCCCUCCGGCCGGCCCCGCGCCCGUUCAUCAGCCAGCAGCUCGUCAGCCAGCAGCUCAUCAGCCAGCAGCUCAUCAGCCAGCAGCUCAUCAGCCAGCAGCUCAUCAGCCAGCAGCUCGUCAGCCAGCAGCUCAUCAGCCAGCAGCUCGUCAGCCAGCAGCCAAACGUCUGAACGCGCAUGACUUGAAGUCGAAGGUAGCCGGGGACCUGGCUUGUCCAAGGAAGGUCUUCAGGGCCUUGCCAGAAGUCUUUUGGCACAUUGGAAUGGACUCGCUCGUCGCCCUUGCCCCGGAGGAUCUCAUCAAGGUCAAGGGGGUCAAGAACUGGUUGGGCGACACCCCUCGAAGGGUGACAGUGGGGAUGGCAGAUGGCUGGCGUUUCUCGUCGAUUUGGGACAUGCGUUCUCUCCUGGAGAAGGUUCCCUACUCCCUCGUCUUGAUCAGCGUGAUCGUUCAUAGGCUUCCCGAGUCCGGUUGGCCGAGGGGAGCCUCAGCCAAUCGGGAUACAAUCGAGCUCCCUCCCGAUCUGACGUCGAUCCAUGCUGCUGUGUGCGCUGAACUGCACGAAUUGGGAGAUGUUCCGCAGGACAUGCCAGAUGACGACCCCCUCAAGGACGCACCUUUCCUUGCCCCCAGUAGUUGUCAUGGCGCUCAUGGCGCUCUGGUCAGCCAAUAUGCGUCCGAUGCGAUCAGGCGAUACUGGUCCGAGGACUCGUGAUCAUUUCGGACACGCCUCCGCCAGGGAGAACAAUCGCAAACCAUCACCCUUCAAACGCUUUAACGGUCAAGCAGAGAAACACUCA